AUGAGUUUUUAUACUGUUAUUGCUGCUUUCCUGGUCACUGCACUAAUCUCUUUAGCAGUGUGGGUCUUUGCUCCCAAGAAAAACCAAACUGUCUGGAGAAGUACCGUUAUCCUAUCUCUGUCAAUGAUGUUUUUGAUGUGGGCUAUUACCUACUUGAGCCAACUUCAUCCGCUAGUAAUGCCUCGUCGUUCCGACUUGAGGCCCGAAUUUGCUGAGUAA